AUGAGUCACUUCAACCCGGGGCUCAUUUCAGCCUACAACAGCCUGACGGACAAGCACCUGAGUGGCUACUUCAGCAGUACUCGCAUCAGGAGACAUUUGCAGAGAGCCGGACUGAUCACCAGGAGCGGACGCAUCGUUCCCGACAAGGAGUACAAACACAAGACACUCCAGAAGGCGCACCAAAAACAUGUCAGAGAGUGCCUGGCCCAGGCCAUUUUCCUCAAGGUGCUAGAGAUGGAGCGUCUCCAUCAGAUGGAGAUUAAACGAAAACUGGAGGAGUUUGCCAGGAGGGAGCGAGUGCACAAGAUGAAGGUGGCGCGGACAAAGCGAUUUGAAGAAGAUGUCCAGAUGAUGUCGCCGCACCCACCUGUGGGCGCGAGGGCUGUCCGGAAGCAGCACUCGGGACCUGUGGGCGGUCAUUACGCAUCCUCAGAAUCGCCAUGCUCAUCUCGACCCAACACGGCUCCGGGAACGAUGCAGCGGCCCGCUCGCUUGAAGCCGAUCCGCAGCGGCGCCAAUAAACGCCGCUCCGCUCACAGAGUCAACCAGACGUUCAGCGACUGCACCGACAGCGAGUCGGGAAAACACGAGCCCACCGCGUGGGAUCCCCCGCCGGGCGUCUCACCUUACUGUCUGCCGGUCAUCAACAACUUCGUCACGCCGCUGCCUCCUGCCACCAAGAAAAAAAACAGGGGACCCGGCUGCAAUCCCAGCGGCACUCCAAGUCUCAGGGGCGGCCGCCGCCUGCGCCCUGCCACCACCUUCAGUGCGGUCGACGCCAACGAGGAGCGGUCCCCGGUGAGGAUUUCUGAGCCCCAGAGCAAAGUGCGUGUCACCAUGGUGUAUUUUGGCAAAUCUGUGCAUCUCUCUCAUGACUCGGAAGACCCGAGGGACGAGGUCAGAGUGUUUCAGCAACACUGCGGAGGAGAAAACCUCUGCGUGUACAAGGGCAAGCUCCGUGAAGGAGAGACAUUCCAGUUCGUGUCGAGGCGACAUCGAGGUUUCCCCUUCAGCUUGACCUUCUUCUUGAACGGGCUACAAGUGGAGCGUAUCAGCUCGUGCUGCGAGUUCAAGCACCGGCGAGGCGCCCGAUUGGGCGGCAGGCACGGACACUUUGGCUUCAGCGUUGUGGAGCGGGCCUCGCCGUGCUACAAGUGCAUAAUAGCGAUGGGGCUGGACAAGAAGCCUGCGCCCCCUCCCAUGAAGGUCCAAGAUGCCAGAGGAAGCUUCAAGGAGGCCAGGAGCACAUCCCACUCAGGACGCGAGAGCACUCCAUCACAACAAGAGGACAAACACAGAGAUGAUUACGACGAGGACUUUGAAGGUGACGACGACAUUGCUGUGGAGGAAUCCAUUGAAAAGAAAGCUGCAUCUCCAACCGUUUGUAAGAGAACGCCAGGAACCAUAUCUAGUAUCUUCACAGAAGACGACGACACGAGACCUCGUUCAAGUUCCAGUUCCUGCCAGGAGAGCAACGUCGAGGUCGUCGCCAGAGAGGACGAGGGAGAACCCAAGGAAAUUCUCCAAGCAGAAACUGUGGAUGAGGAAGAGGAGCAAGCCAACCCAGAAGACUCCGCAGCCUCCGAGUCGAGCGCCGAUGUGGACGUCUUGGACUCGGGCCAGAAAGAACAAAGCCUGGAGACAUCAGGGGAGAAAUCGGAAGGUCAGGAGACAGAAGAUGAGAGCCAGUUGGAGGAGCCGGAGAGGGCCAAAUCUGUGCAGGAGAAGCUCGCCGAAGCCAUCCUGAAGGAGUCGCAGCAGAGUUCCGAGCCAGAGCUGAGCGACACCAGCACCGAAGAGGAGGAGCAAGGCCAGAAGCCGGAAAAAGACGGGUGUGAUUUUGCAGAAGCAGUUCUGGCGGAGGCUCAAUUAGAAGAAGCAUCUGAGCUCAAAGAACCUGCUGAAGCAGGUCAAAAAGAACCUGAAGACGUGAAGGAAGGCAAUUCCGAAGAGAAAAUGGAGGAAGGCGCUGAGAUUUUAGAACCUCAAGACGAUUCUUCCGCUGUCAAUGUUGAUCCAGAGGUGAAGCCAGGUAGCGAGACAACAGAGACCAAGGCGGAGGAGACUGCUGGAGGAUCAGAAUUAGAAGCAACACCGGAGGACCCGAGCGGGUUGGAGACAACGGUUUCUCAAGAAGAUGUCAAGGACGAAGCGUCGGGAGAUGUCCAGGAUGCUAGCGAAGAGCCAGAUGAUCCAGUGGAUAAGUGUGAGGAAGAUGGAAAGAAAGAGGAAGAACAAAUAAAUCCACAGAGUGACAUAAACCAGGAAAGUGAAAAGGAGGAAACCAUAGAAAAGACUGGCGAGGAUGCACAUGAUGAAACACAAGAAGCAGAAGUGGCGAUCUUCGAUGAAGCUGAGGCCGAAGAAUCCGAAAAAACUGAGACGGACAAUUGUGAGGCUCUCAAAGUGAAGAGCGCGGAGGACCAAGAAGUAAAGGCGGAUGAAGUUGAAGAAACUAACGAGGAAGACGAAAGGGAAAACGAAGCAAGUGCAGACAAAGACGAGGCAGCCGGGACUGCUCAAGCCAACGAAGGAGAAGAAAGCAAUAAAGCGACCAAUGAGGAAAAUGAAGCUGAAGAUUGUCCUGAUAAGGAUGAAGAAGAGAAACUUGUUGAGGCCGAAGAAAGCCAAGAAACGAACCAAGCAACUACAGAUAAAGAAGAAAGUAAACCGAUGGAAAAAGUCGAGAACGAAGCUGAAGGACUUGAAGAGUUGACAAACAAAAUGACAACUUUGGAGGUCAAGGAAGGACAAGAACUCGACAAAACAACCACCGAUGAGGAAGAAAGUGAAGCCAUAGAGAAAGACGAGAGGGAAGCUGGAGCUAAAGAUGACACAGGCAAAGAAAUGAUUAUGAAUGAAGAAAUAAAUACGGAGAGCGAAGCGAGACACAAAGACGACACCGACAUAGGCGAACAAAAACAACAAUCGACCGUGGAAGAUGAGAACAAAUCUGAAGACAGGAGUGUCACCUUUGACCCCGAAGAAAGACAAGAAUCAGCGAAGGAUUCAGAGGAACAGGAGAAACCAUCAGAAGCAAACUUGCAAAAUGAAGAUCUGAACGUUGUGACGGAGACUCUCGGUGUCUUUCAACAAUCAAGCCCGACCGAAGAGACCAUCGCGGACAAAGUUCUGAGAACCGAAAACGGUAAAAGGAGUCAGGUUGACGGUGAAAACGGGGAGACGUCGGGUAGAGUUGACUUGAUCGAGGAGCCAGAUCAAAUCAGACAAGACCUGGAUCUUGAGAAAACCAAACAAACUGAGAAGCAGUCUUCCCAAGACCCGAGCCAGAACCUGACCUCCAAAACGAGGUCCCUAGGGCCCGAGGCCAAUACAGAAGAGGCAAGCAAGGCCUCGGACGAAGGAGCAAGUGUGCUUCUCCAACCCCAGUCAAAUACUCAAACCGCCAAUCAGCUCCCCAACGGAGAAAGUCCAGAUGCGCUGGCCCGGGCCAGCAGUGCCGAGCUAGUCACCAACUGGCUAAGCACGCAUCAAGCUUCCAAGUUCUUUGAAACCUUUGUUGAACCUCUGGAAGACUUCAGAGACUCGGAUGUGGGUCCCGGCAAGGAGGCCAGACAAUCUUCAGAACCUCUGACCAUUGUUGAGGAGUCAUCCCGUGAGGAGAUCGCACUAAAGCACUUGGAAGGAGAAGCUCAGUCCUACCCUGAGAGACGUCCCAUGACGGACGACUGGGGCAUAGCCAAAUCCAACUUGGCUGUCACGCAUUAAUCACAAAGGAGAUGAGUUGUGAUGGCCGCACACAAUGUUUACAAAAGCAAAGAGGCUCGCUUAAUGGGAGGUAUCAAAUGCUACGUUGGGGCUCUUACCUGCAAGCAGAUACUCCGGCUCGCAUCAAUUAAAUAAUUCACGGCGACUGGACUCCGAGGAUUUGGCUUACCUGCGCACACUUAGACAUGAAGUGCUUUCAUGAUUUUGGCUAAUGUUUCAUCACAAAUGAAAAACUUUGCGAUAAAAUGAUGAAAACUGUGGU